ACGCACCGCCUGAGGUCAAGGUGGGACAUUCGGCCGUAAAUUGUGGGAUGGGAGGCUGCAGCCUGGCAGCCAAUUUGUCGCCCGGUGUUGUUCCUGAGAGGACCUGUAUGUGAGCAGCUCUGCCGGGAGAGGCCCAACCAUGUCCACAGGAGCAAGACCAUGACUUCGCUCAACGUGUCAGAAGAGACCUCCCCUCCCUCCUUCCCUCUCUCUUCAUUUGAGCACAAUUUCUCCCACUUUGUCACCCAUGACCCUUCAUACUCCCCCGUAUCCUUCCCCACUUCCUCCUCGCUGACGUCCUCCAACUGCACCAGCUCUCCGUCAGCCUCCUCUCCUCCGUACAACUUCUACGCGGUGCUGCUGGUGCUCCUGAUCUUCUGCGUGGUGUUCGGUAAUGUGCUGGUGUGCGUGGCGGUGUCGCGGGAGCGAGCUCUGCAAACCACCACCAACUACCUCAUCGUCUCGCUGGCUGUGUCCGACCUGCUGCUGGCCACGCUGGUCAUGCCCUGGGGCGUCUACCUGGAGGUGGUGGGAGAGUGGCGCUUCAGUCUCAUCCACUGUGACAUCCUCCUCACCCUGGACGUCAUGAUGUGCACCGCCAGCAUCCUCAACCUCUGUGCCAUCAGCAUCGACAGAUACACAGCGGUGGCCAUGCCGAUGCUCUACAACACCAGAUACAGUUCCAGGAGGAGGGUGGCGGUGAUGAUUGCUGUGGUGUGGUUCCUCUCUUUUGCGAUCUCCUGCCCUUUGCUGUUUGGACUGAACAACACUGCCAGCCGGGAACGAACCACAUGCAGCUUUGCCGAUCCGGCCUUCGUGGUGUACUCAUCUGUGGCCUCCUUCUACGUCCCCUUCAUCGUAACGUUGCUGGUGUACGCGCAGAUCUGCGUGGUGCUGCGCAAGCGAGGCAGACGCACCGCGCCCCGGCACAGACACGGCGUGCUCACGCAAGGCGGGGCUGAGGCGGGGGAAGGUCAUCGACACAGGAAGCAAAUUGUGGCAUUGAUAGAUGUUGACCCACUGGCCUGCACCAACAUUGAUUGUACCACCAAAAAAAAUAAGUGUACACAACCAGAGGAUGUGAAGUUGUGCACCCUGAUCCUGAGGCCCGCCACCGCAGGCCCACAGCGCAAGAAAGUGACCCUGGUGAAGGAGGCGGUGGUUCACCCCCUCGAAGUGGAGCCGGGUCAGUUCCUGCCGCAGACCGAGCAGAACCUGCCUCCUCCUCCUGCUCUCCAAACCUCCUCCCACUCGGGACGGGCCAGGAUCUCUCUGGCCAUCUCGGUUGGACCAGCGCCGGUUCUUCCCUCGACUGUGACGCGAUCGACCCUGAUGCCUCGCCCCCCCACCCUCGAAGACGGCAUGAGGGGCCGCGAGGGAUGGAGGGAGCGCAGCAGCGGGAGAGAGAAAUGGGGAAUCACCAAGGAGAGGGUGAGAGGCAGGCUGUCACAGCAGAAGGAGCGGAAGGCGACACAGAUGCUCGCUAUUGUGCUCGGUGUGUUCAUCAUCUGCUGGCUGCCUUUCUUUCUGACCCACGUGCUGAAGGCCCACUGCAGCAGCUGCUGUAUCUCACCCUCACUGUACAGCGGCGUCACCUGGCUGGGAUACCUCAACAGCGCCGUCAAUCCCGUCAUCUACACCACUUUCAACAUUGAGUUUCGCAAAGCCUUCAUCAAGAUCCUGCACUGCUGAGAGCUGGAGAGAUGCGAAGCGUUGACUGUCGAGAUAAAAAAAAAACAUUGGUUCGAGAUCAGAGGCGAGGGAAAGAA